UUGCGACUCUUUCGACUCUGUUUGCACAAGUGAUCUGCUAGGAAACGCGCCCGGCAGCGGCUAAAGCAAAUAUUUGACGCAAUGCGUGGCUGUUUUUGCUGACAAACCAAUGCGAACGGGGUUGCUGCUGCUGGUGCUGGCUAUGCUCCUGCUCCGGAUAGCCAUUGGCAAGGCCGUCAACGAGGCGGGUGCGCGCAUUGUUGGCGGUGCUCCGGUGGAUAUUAGCAGUGUGCCCUACUUGGUUAAUCUGCGCGUCGCGGGCAAUUUCAUUUGUGGCGGCACACUGGUCACGCCCACUCAUGUGGUGACAGCAGCCCAUUGUGUGAAGGGCGUGCCGGCCAGCCGACUGCAGGUGGUGGGCGGUGCCACAAUGUUAACGGAUGCGACAGGUGUGCGACGCGGCGUGGAAAAGGUGUUCACGCCCAAAGCCUUCAAUACACGCACCCUGCACUCGGAUGUCGCGGUGCUGAAGCUGAAGUCGCCGCUGCAAGGUACGAACAUUGCGACCAUUGAGCUGUGCAACUCCAGCUUUCAGGCUGGCGACCUGAUCAAGGUCUCCGGCUGGGGCAAGACCACCGAGAACAGCAAACGCGUUUCGCAGCAUGCACGCAGCGUCGACGUGGCGCUGGUCACACGCAGAAGCUGCAUCAAUCAGUACAAGCUGCGCGGCGCCAUUACGGACACCAUGUUCUGUGCCUCGGUGCCGGGCGUUAAGGAUGCCUGCGAAGGCGACUCCGGCGGCCCGGCUAUCUAUCAGAAUCAACUAUGCGGCAUUGUCUCUUGGGGCUUGGGCUGCGGCAGACGCAAUUAUCCCGGUGUUUAUACAAGUGUCAAGACUGUUAGGGCCUUUAUCGAUAAGGCUUUAGGCAUGUAACCAAAAAGUGAUCAAUCAACGUGGACGAUAUCAGAAAUAAAUGCA